UCCAAGAAAUCAAAUCACAGAGAAGAAAAACUACCGGAAAAGAAAAGAAAUGAGACCCAACAUUGUUUCUGAGGCAGGAUUGCGUACUAGGUUUGGGCAGUGGUGGGACAAUAUCCCUUUUCUCACUUCUGCAGUUGUGAUUAUCUGUUCUAUUAUAUACUUGGUCUGCCUUUUGGUUGGGUAUGACUCCUUUGUCGAAAUAUGCUUCUCUCCAUCUGCAAUUAUAUCCCAAUUCCAAGUAUACAGGAUUUAUACCGCCAUUAUCUUUCAUGGUUCUCUGCUGCAUGUUCUCUUCAAUAUGAUGGCGUUGGUUCCUCUGGGUUCUGAGCUGGAGAGAAUCAUGGGAUCUGUUCGCUUGUUUUACAUGAUAGUUUUAUUGGCAACAAGCAAUGCCAUUUUCCAUGUUCUUAUUGCAUCACUGGUAGCCUAUAAUCCUUUUUAUUCAUAUCACUAUCUCAUGAACGAGUGUGCAAUAGGCUUCUCAGGAAUUUUAUUUUCUAUGAUUGUUAUAGAGACAAGUCUGAGUGGAGCUCAAACUAGAAGUGUGUUUGGACUCUUUAAUGUUCCUGCUAAAUGGUAUGCAUGGAUCCUAUUGGUAGUGUUCCAGCUUCUUAUGACGAAUGUCUCAUUGCUUGGACACCUAUGUGGCAUUUUGUCCGGAUUUGCAUAUACUUAUGGGUUAUUCAACUUUCUAAUACCUGGAACCUCAUUCUAUUCUGCCAUUGAGUCAUCCUCAUUACUUUCAAGUUGUGUGAGGCGACCAAAAUUUAUUUUGUGCACUGGUGGCAACCCUCAAGCUUACAUUCCUACACAUUCAAGCUCAAAUACUUCACCCAGUGGCUUAAUAUCUGGAAAUAUAUGGAGAAACCUUUCUUCCUGGAUGCCACAAAGGGGAAUGUCUACCCAGGCAUCCCAAGAGAGUUCCAGGUUUCCUGGGAGGGGAAGGACUCUAAGUUCAAGCCAAAGUCAAACUACUCCUUCUGAUUCUACUCUAGAGGCUAGACUAUUGGAUAAUAGCAACCUAGACCAUUCUUUAGAUGUGGCAGCAAAUACGACACAACAACAGGUACUGGAUGAAAGGCGGUCAUCUGUAGAUAGUGCUGCUGCAGUUGCAAGAGGCAAUGCACACCAUCAGGAUUCAUUGGCGUCUGAAGAAGACAUCCAAAAACUUGUAUCAAUGGGUUUUGAAAGGACACAGGUAGAAGUUGCCAUUGCAGCCUCUGAUGGAGAUCUAAAUAUAGCGGUUGAAAUUCUGAGCCAACAGGGGUAGAGAAGCAAGAGGAGAUGUCUGCUUAUCCUACUGAUUGCCCAUCUCAUCAUGUCUGCUUGGGUUAAUCUCUUUACUCUCUUCUGUAAAUUGCUCUGCUUGGGGGGUUGGGUUUGGAUGGUGUGGUUUCUGAAUAGAAAAAAAUCUGUACCGACAUUUUACCAACAGAAAAGCUCAAGAUAAUUAACGAAGUUCACAGCAACCAUGCAAGUUGUACUGCAUCUUAAAAAUUCAUAUUGAUUUUAGUGCAUUAGGGUUAGGGUUUAAUUUUUCCUGGAUUAGCAGCGGCCAGAAGUUUCUAUUCAAAGUUAUACUAGAGUGCAAAUAUUGGCCAUA